AUGCUUCCAUUAUAUCUAUUGACCAAUGCCAGAGGUCAAAUUAUGCGUAUAGAAUUGAAGAAUGGAGAAACGGUUGAAGGAACAUUAUCUGACGUUGAUAACUGGAUGAAUUUGAUGCUCUCAGAUGUAACACAUGUUGCUAGUGGAGAGACUUUAAAGCUCCCAAGUUUUUAUUUGAAAGGGUCUUUCAUCAAGUACAUCAAUUUACAGGAUGAUGUUAUCGAUAAAGUGAAGCAACAAUGGGGCCAGAAUAGAGGCGGUAAGGAUGACAGGAGAAGAGGUGGUAACAAUUACAAUAAUGGUAGCAAUUUCCAUCAGAAUAGAGAUGGUGGUAACAGAAGAGGUGGUAGAAGGAACUACCAGAACUCCGGAAGUAGGAGAGAUUACAAUAAUAAUGGGAACAAUAAUAAUAGUAAUAAUAAUGGAGGAGGAUCUCGUCGUUACAACAAAUCACAAUAUGAUCCAGCUACAUCAGGUGCAAAUAGCCAACAACCAAAGCAACAGCAGCAACAUCCACAAUUUUGA